AUCAAUAACUGUUAUUACUGUCAUUUUAAGGUUACCUGUCAUAAUUGGCUAUAAUGAAGAAAAGUUAACAAAUUAAAUAAAUUAAACGAAAAUGGCAGAAGAUUUAUCAAUUCAAACAUUAUCAGAUGACUGCAUAUUUAUUGGAUCUCCAAUAUUGGAACAAACCGAAAAUUUAGAAGAUUGGCUCAAUAAAAAUGGUCAUUACUUAAUAGCAAACGAUUUAGAGACUUUAUUAACGGAAGAUAACGAGAAUAUAACGUCCGACGAGAAAGACAUUCAGUUAAAAGUAAGUAAAAAAGGCAUCAAGAAUAUAAAGAACCAAAAACAAGAUAAAAUCAUAAACGUUGAGAGUUGCGUCAAAAAAGGCUUAGAAGUGUAUUUUUCUUUCAAUGGAACAAAAGUAUCUGUAAAAUUUUUUGAUAAAAACAACAAAGAAGUGAUGCACGAGUAUUUGGCGUCUCUAUCAGAGAUGAGUGGCCCUAUUUUAAAAGAAAAGGAGCGCCAAAGUGUUAUUGAAGUAACAAAAAUUUCGAUAAACGAAAUCCCUAAUUUAUUUAUACCUUGUUUACUCACCGAAAUGGGAAUCCGAAUCUUUUUGUGUCCCCAAAAUAUUUGUAACCAAGCGUUUUCAAGAAUCGGGACUGCUAAACUCCACGCUCUCGUCCACAUUGGAUACAAACCCUAUCAAUGUGAUUACCCCGAUUGUACUUGGGCAUUUUACACUCACUGCAAAUUAAAGCGGCAUCAAACCACUCACGAAAAGCGCAAAGACUUUGUUUGUCCAAUCGAUGGUUGUUUAAGACGUUUCACGACGAUUUAUAACUUAAAUAAUCAUAAAAGACUUCAUGAACGUCCAGCAGAACUUCCUUGUCCCGUUGAAAGUUGUACAGAAAAAUUUCAAAGCGUACGAGAUCGCGAGAAGCAUUUAAAAACGCACGACCGUUCAGAAGCGCCGUUUAGAUGUUCGUUUCAAAAUUGUAAUCGAUCGUUUUUUUUAACGAACGCGUUAACCGCACAUACAAGGACCCAUGACCACAAAGAAAGUGAAUUAAAAUGUACAUGGCCUAAUUGCGGGAAAAUUUUUGAACAUCCUUGUCGAUUGAAAGAACAUUCGAGGAAACAUACGGGUCAAAGACCCUAUUUAUGCACUUUUGAAGAUUGUAAAUGGACAUUUUCAACCGCUAGCAAAUUAAAACGACACCAAAGUAUACAUACAAACGAACGAAAAUUUCAUUGUACCAUCGGUACAUGUAACAAAUCAUUUUUAAGAUCUGAACAUCUUAAAGAACAUACUUUAACACAUAUUGGUCAAAGAAGUUAUCAAUGUGAAGUUUGUGCAGCAACAUUCCUGGGAAAAUCAGCACUUUUCCUCCAUUUAAAUAAAAGCCAUCCAGAUCAAGAAGCUUGCGCUAGAGCUUUACCGUUUCAAAAUAACGAAAAGAUUAAUCAGGACGUUUUAUUAGAGCAAGCGAUUCAAAGUUUGGGGGUUCCGUCAGAUAUGAUUUUAGGGCCGGGCUUGUUACCGGAAGAACCAAUGGAGCUUUUGGAGACGGAAAAUUUUUCAACCGUUAACCUAAGGGAUUUGGAUUAAAUAAAAAAAUGUUUUUUCGUUAUAUUUUCGACGCUUUCUUAAAAAUUUAUUUUUUCUUCGCUACUGGUUGAGCUAUUCUUGUUACACUUGAGCCUUUUCGCUUGCUAUUAUUAGAUUUAUUUACCUAUUUUUGUACUUUUGGAUGUUGAUUAUUGAACGUUGAAAAUGUUGAUAAUAAAUUAUUCUGGAAUGGUUUUAAAAAAA